AUGUCCUCACGGUUAGAGAAGAAUCUCUCCUGUGCUUUUUGUUAUGACAUAUACAGAAAACCAGUCCUCCUACCAUGCAGCCACAGCUUCUGUGACGACUGUCUGAAGAAGUGGUGGGCAGGGAAACAAACCCGGGAGUGUCCGGUUUGUAAGAGGGAAUCUGGAAGAAAACCUCCUCCAUCUAAUUUAGCAUUAAGGAACCUGUGUGAGGCCUUUUUACUGGAGAAGGGUCAAAAUGCAUCCAGAGGAUCACAGGCUCUCUGCAGUCUGCACUCUGAGAAACUCAAACUCUUCUGUCUGGACCAUCAGGAGCCUUUUUGUGUCGUCUGUCGAGAUUCUAAAGAACACAACGACCACAAAUUCAGACCCAUCGAUGAAGCUGCACAGGAUCUCAGAGAGGAGAUUCAGAGAUCUAUGAAAACUCUGCAGAAUAAAUUGAAGCUCAGCCUACAAGUUAAAAUAAACUUUGAUCAAACAGCAGAUCAUAUUAAAGUCCAGGCCAGAAACACAGAGAGGCGGAUCAAGGAGAAGUUUAAGAAGCUUCACAAGUUUCUACAAGAAGAAGAGGAGGUCAGGAUCUCUGCUCUGAGGGAGGAAGAGGAGCAGAAGAGUCAGAGGACGAAGGAGAAGAUUGAGUCUCUGAACAGAGCGAUAGCAGCUCUGUCAGACACAAUCAGAGUCACAGAGGACGAGCUGAGAGCUGAUGACGUCUCAUUCCUGAAAAACUACAAGGCUGCAGUGAACAGAGUCCAGCAGUGCACCCUGCUGGAGGAUCCACAUGAGGUCUCAGGAGCUCUGAUCGACGAGGCCAAACACCUGGGAAACCUGACCCACAACAUCUGGAACAAGAUGAAGGAGAUGGUCUCUUACAGUUCUGUGAUUCUGGAUCCAAACUCUGCUCAUCCAAAACUCGUUCUGUCUGAAGAUCUGACUAGUGUGAGACAUGGAGAGGCACAGAAGCUUCCAGAUAAUCCAGAGAGGUUUGAUGAGAAUCGAUUGGUCUUGGGCUCUGAGGGAUUGGACUCAGGGAGUCACAUCUGGGUGGUUGAGGUUGGAGACUGUCCUCGGUGGUUUGUUGGUGUGGCAGCAGAGUCUUUCCAAAGAAAAGGAAGCACAGUAAUGAGAUAUGGGUCAUGGACAUUAGCGUACGCUGACUGUAAAUACUUCAUAAUCUCCCCACUGAAUCCUGCUGCUGUCAUCCCGGUGAAGAAGAAACUGCGUCUGGUCCGAGUGAAUCUGGACUUUGAUGAAGGCCGGUUGUCAUUCUCUGAUCCUGAUACCGACACACACUUACACACCUUCACACACACCUUCACUGAAAAGAUGUAUCCACUGAUUACCUCUGUGCACGCCCUCCCACUGAAGAUAUUACCAGAAGCUCCGCCCCGCCCGACUGCCCCGUCUCCGCAACACAACCCACCUCCACCAUCCACUGACACGCAGCAGCGUCAAGCCGGCGGAAUUUAG